ACGUUUAUCAUGAAGCCUCACAAUUAAAUGCGGCAAACACUCCACCAUUUAGGCUGCGAACAUGUUAUCUAACGGAUGAUAGUAGGCAAUUUGAGGCAUAGUUUAAAUGCUAAAUGGUUACGGCAAACAUGGCGUGGUCAUUUAUUUGUUCUUUAUUUAUGUGGAUACUUAUCGACCAUAGAGUUUAUUUCAGGAAAUGUCGCGUCACAAAACUGUGGCGCCAAUCUUCAUGGUGAUUCCGGUUCGUUUUAUUCACCUUUCUACCCCAAUAAUUACAACAACAACGAAGAUUGUGUAUACAGAAUCGUCGUAGCUACAGGGCACAAAGUUUGCGUAAUUAUGAAUAGUUUUGACGGUGAAGGCUGUUGUGACUAUUUAGAUUUACAUGAUGGCCAGACAACGUCCGCCGUAUUAAAAAGAUUCAUGCAUAGAUUGCCAAAUGAAAAUGAGCCAGUGUGUUCAUCCGGAAAUCAGCUGACGGCAGUUUGGCACACCGACUACUCAAUCAAUAAUCGAGGAUUUUUUGCACAGUUUAUAUCAGUAGUUGAUCAAUGCAUUGGUACCCCAUCGGUUCCGAACGGAAUAGUCUCUCAGCGCAACGCGACUCAAGUAUUUCACCUUACAUGUCUUGAUGGUUAUCAUAGUACACAAGGCAAUGAAAUACGUUGCCUUCCGAGCGGCAACUGGACAUUUGCCGAAUGCAACCCAGUGGACUGCGGAUUUCCGCCAUCAUUAGCAAACGGUAUGAUAGCGCUCAGAAACAAUUCGACGACAUUCUCGUCGCAAGCAGAAGUAUCAUGCAUCCCUGGUUACUUUCUCAACGGUAGUUAUAGUAUCAUAAAUUGCACUACACAGGGAAGAUGGAGUCAGGACUCGUUCAAGUGCCUACCUGUUGAAUGCCCAGUAUUAGAUCCUUACGACAAGCUUACAAUUGAAUUAAAUCCAAAUACUACAAAGUCUAUCGUAAACACGACGGCAAUGUUUUCUUGCCCACCAAGUUCAAUUUUGGUUGGUUACAAAACAAUAAAAUGCACGAUCAACGGACAAUGGACUGGACCGGUUCCAAAAUGUAUUACGCUGGAAAAGACCGUUAGAAACUGCCAGGUCGAUGUAGAUAAGAAAUACAGAACCUGGCGAGAAACUCAACCCGGGACUAUUGUAUUGGAAAAUUGUCCAAAUGGAUAUUCUGGCGAGAUUAGUCGGCAAUGUAGCGAGGAAGGAAGCUGGCUCAACCCAUUCUACAACUGCGUAUCAGAACGCGUUGCCCAACUAAUAUAUGAGGUGGAAAGUAUCAAAGUAGCACCAUCAACUCAGAAAAUCACCCAAAGUCUAGAUCAGCUAGUAAAUAUAACAAAACCUACCAACGGAACAUCCUAUAUCGGCGAACUGAACGCAAUUACUAACAUGCUAGAUAUAAUAGCAAGCGUCAGUGGCAACAUUGAGAUUACGGACGAGCAAGCUAAUUCGUUUUUUGCCGCAACAAGUAACUUACUGGACUAUAACAACGCCGAAUCAUGGAAAUCCGGGGGCGACCACUAUGAAAACAACGAGUCACCUGAUAGAACUAAAACGGCUAAUCCCGGUGCGAUGAAAGUUCUAAAUGUGGUUGACAAGUACGCAGACAUUUUAAUAAACACACUCGGAAACUAUUCGGAGAGCAGUAAAACCAUACAAAUGAACAACAUGGUGGUGCAUGUUAGUUUGGUAAACACGACAAUAGACGAUUUGAAAUUCCCAGAUAAACCUCUCGGCAUUACGAGUUCUGUUAUUCUGCCGAAGACCUCUUUAAUAGGAUCAAACUCAAUCGCAGCAGUAGUAUACAGAACUCUGACAGGCAUAAUUUCAUCAAAGCUGAAAAAUGACAGUGAUUCCACUAUAAAUUCAGAGGUUGUGACAGUGACGUUGGAUAACUGGGAGAACACCACGAACUUUGUUGUUGAUAUAACAAUGGACUACGCACAGAACCUCCACUCAGCCCCAAUUUGCAGUUUUUGGAAUACUACUCUUUUUGCCUGGGACACCACCGGAUGUCGUGUCCUGUCCUCUAAUCUUUCAAGCGCAACAUGUCGUUGCACGCACCUGACGAACUUUGCAAUUCUUAUGAGUCCAUUCAUUCAGAGCAGAGCGAGUACUAAAGACCUAGAUAUCAUUUCCAUAGUUGGCUGUUCGAUAUCACUUGCCGGCUUGGUGUUGACAAUAACUUUCCAUAUAGUGCUUUGGAAGUAUGUAAGCAAACGGCGUGUUGUUGUCUUGUUGAACCUGUCUGUGGCUCUCAUCAUUUCUUAUGUUAUGUUUAUUGGUGGCAUCGACAGAACGGAAAGCAAGAUCAUUUGUACUACGUUGGCGUCCUUGCUGCACUACAUUUACUUGGUAGUGUUCUCCCUUAUGUUGGUGGAAGGUAUUGACGUCGCCGUGUCUAUACUUAUUGUCUUUCAAACACAAUCAAAACUUAAAUGGAUGCUGUCAGCUGCCUGGGUUGUUCCUGCUGUGAUUGUUGGGAUAACGCUCGCUGUCACCAAGACAGAAGGAUAUGGGAAUGAAACAUCAUGCUGGUUGACAAUAAAGGGAGGUGUUAUUUGGGCCUUUGUUGGACCUGCACUGCUGGUCGUUUUGGUCAACUUUAUCAUCCUAGUGAUUGUGAUACGCGCAACACUAAGAUCGUACACCAUGGCAAAGAAGUCAACAGUUGAAAGAUCAAAGUCAGCAGUAUGGUGUCUAUCAGCUUUACUACCGUUGAUGGGACUUACUUGGGUUCUGGGGGUUUUCUAUGUGGACGAAAGCAUGGCCUGGGUACAAUACGCCUUUGCUGUCUGCAACAGUCUCCAGGGUUUGGUGAUUUUCAUGUUCCAUUGUGCAUUUAACAAAACGCUUUGGAAGGCACAUAAAACGAAAAAACAAAGGUCGUCGUACGCCAGUAGUAUUUACCUCAAAUCCAGAAGCACUUCAGUAAGAUCGGUAAUAACGGAAAACAGUGAGGUAAGCAUGAAUGAUAACGACACAUUUGCAAUACCGUCAGUUGGCGAAUCGGCCUAUACACGUUACGAGAAUUUACCGAUCAAACAAACACUGCAAACAGCUGCGCAGGCUGACAAAGAAGAGCAAAUCGAUGGUAUCAGUAAGCACUCGGAGUACAUCGUUUAUGAAUAAAAGCUAAGGAGCAACGAUGAUGAGGAAACGGCGAACACAGAUAUCCAUGGUUAUAUAUAUGCAAUUAAUAAUUGAUUACAUUAUUUGUAAUAUUGUGUUGUCAUGUUUUAAAAAUCUACAAAAUAAGCGAUAUUGCAUAAUAUUAAUUAAUUAAUAUGAUUGAAUGCAGUAAAUUACUUUGUCGUUAUUUAAUGUUUUUGUUGUUAGUUAUAUGUAGCGUGUAGCUUGUUUAAAUACAUUCGCAUAACUCACUUAAAUAAAAUCAUACAACAUAUAUUAAUGCAAUAUGAGUUCAUGUUUUUUAGACGUCGGGCUAGACAUUCUGACAGACAAAUACCUCUAUAGUACGGUAUUAUAGAUGUUGACGUGUUACUUAAGUAAAAAACGAUGAAGGGCCUUUUACAUGUACCGUUUUGUCAGUCUGAUGUUGACAAGGAGAGUAUUCAGUUCAUGUACUCACAAUGCUGUUGAUGAAAUCACUACUGAAAAUAAUAUUCAAGUCGAAGAAUGGUUGGUUUAUAUGUAUUCAAUGUCUAAAUAUUAAAAGCUUUUUUUGAGUGAUAACUGCUGAAUACAUGAUAGUUUGUUAUUUAUUCAAGAGAUUUAUGUGAUCUCACCUUGGAGAUAUCGCCUCGUUCAAUACGGUGUUAUCUGCUUACCGCCACAAACACUUCAAAGUUUCGUCCUUUUUGUAUGCACAACAGAGAAGGCCAUAUUUGUUGAAAUGACUUUUAUUUUGUAAUGUUUGUUACAUAUAUUAAAUUAAUUAUAUUAUAUCAUCGUUAAAACUAACAAAGAUGCAUGUACACAAUUAAGUUUAUCGAGAACUAGUGCUAUUCGGUAUAGUAUUGACGACUUCUUUAAAAAGUGUGGACUUUAAAUGAAUUCCACAUUGCCUGAUUCAACAAAAUCGGGAACCACGAGUGUAUAGUAUGUUACCAUGUAUGAUAUGCAUAAAACAAACUGUAUUUUUCCCUUGUAUUUUCUUCCUAACUGUAUACUUAUCUUGAUUAAUAACAUUCGAGAAAAUG